AUGUGGCUUAUCCAACCUACCGAGCACGUCGAGCGCAAGGUGCGGUCAGGGUCAAAGAGGAAGGCUGAUGAAGCCUGGAACGAAAAUGGGGGUUCGAGCCAGCCUGAGUUUGCACCACCCGCCAAAGGGGGGCCACUGGAACCACCUCCGCCUCUGGAUGAGGAUACUGAUUCGCUUAUUGACUCUGUUUUGGCAGCAGGAGAGGCUUCUGUGUUAGGUGCAUCGGGCCGAAUGGCUUCGGCAGUGCCUUCUCGGGCUGCAGUCACAUAUUCAUAUCGUAUGCCCGUGUCUUCUGAAAGGACGAAUGGGCUGUUUGAUAAGCCCGAUUUCAAUUAUAGGACCCCACCCUCGCCUAUGGAUCCGGAUCUCGAAUCCUUUAUUGACUCCAUGCUGGCAGAAGGAGAGGGAGAGCGGCUUGAUCCACUGGACCUUGACGACGAGGCUGCGCCGUCUCCGCUGGACCCCGAUAUCGAUCUGCUUAUUGAGUCUCUGCUGGCUAAAGAGGAGAAGACACUACUUGGUGACUCUGCCGUUCCUUUGGAGGACCCAUUGUCGCCUCUAGAUGCCGGCGUUGAUGCACUUAUUGAGUCUGUGCUGAGCGGAAAGGAGAGUGAGCUACUUGAGGACGCUUGGAGUCUCCUUGAAGAGGAUAUGGGUUGGGAAGAUGAGAGGUCUCCCGCUCCAGUAAGCAUGAAACUACCAGUGGGAGCUGGUAACCUCGGUGAGGAUUCCGACGCCGCUCUAACUAUGGAAAUACAUUCAGAGACAGCGUCGGGCUCUCCCCAUUCAGAAGCUGGGCUUUCGUUAGGCGUUGAUCAGUUGGGAAGCCCCAAAUAUGUUUCAUUCCAAGGGGGUGAGGGAUUGGCAGUGGAAGAUUGGCUUGAUGCUGGUCGAGGCGAAGGCGCACCGCAGUCAGUGGAUCUAUCAUCCUCGACCGUGACACAUCCUGAGUCGCCGAGUAGAAGGGGAAAACCCAUGAAAGAGUUGAGGACCAAGCUCCGUUCACUCCUUCGCGAUCGCGCAAGGGCCCGAAUGGAUCAGGAGUCGCGUUCUACCUCUGGAGCUGCGCACGAUCCAACUUCCCCGUCCACGACCAAGGGGGCAUCGAGUAGAAGAUCACCUGAUGUUGCCCCUGCUGAGACGCCUGCUUCUCCAGAGGAGGGGCAGACCACAAGACAGUCCGUCGUGGGCAGCGUUGCCUCUUCUUCUGGGGCAUUUUCUGCCCCAUCUCCAUCUUCUGGGCCAUCGGCAGCAGCAGUGUCAUCAGAGCAAAGCGGAACAAGUGUACAGAUGGCAUUUGCGCCGCCACCCUACACAGCUCGGAACUUUCUUGGCUGGCUCGAUCAGGUAUACCCAGAGGUUUCCGACGAAGUGCUCGUAACUCAUCCAUUUUAUCGUUACCCCAAGGACCAAAUGAAGCUCAGUAUGAAAGAAUUUGAUCCAAAAUUGGCGUCAGCAAUGCGUUCACUUAGCUUUGCCCCACAUUCCGUGCUCGGCGAAUGCAGAUAUCUACUCAAGAAAAAAUGGCUUAACUUGAAGGACUUCGAAGCGCUUAUGGCCCAUACAGAGCGCCUCUGCGCAUAUGCUAGUGGUUCCAUGCAGGUGGAAAUUCGACGUAAUCGACCGAUGAUAGCCGUAGAAACUCUUGGGUCGAUAUUUCUCGUCCUCGAUACGCUUUAUUGUUUGACAGAGGUGUUGGGAAGUAAUGCUAAGAAGGAAGUAUGGUGGCCUUGGAUAGUUGACCGUAUAAAAAAUGUACGGUUCACACCUUAUAUAGGCUCUCGGGUUAGGAGGCGGUCGAGGGAACUGGACAUUGCCCUCUCGCUGAGCUAUGCGCUGGAUUACUAUAGGCAAGGCCAGCGACCCCCUCUGCGUUUGGUGGUUGGCUUAAAGGAGGCCAUAUUGUGUGCCCCUGGCACGACAAAGUUCAAAAGCUCUACCUGGAAUUUCUGGAGGCAAGACGCUAUGGAAUGGCGCGCCGAGCAAUCACUGACCGCCCCAAGCGGGGAACAUUCAGAACAUUCAGAGCUGCCGUCGACGAGCGGCAGUCAGUGA